AUGUCGAGAUCCAGGCCCACCAGCGGGUCCUUGAUGCCCGGCGCUGUCAUUGUCACCCCACCUUCACUUUCCGAAAUUCUUGCCAACACGUCUUCUCCUCCGUGGACCUUAGCCGCUUUCAUGGCCUACCUUUCUCAGAACCAUUGCUUGGAAACGCUAGAGUUUACUAUGGAUGCGGAGCGAUACCGAAAGGAUUACGACAAGUUCAUCACCAACGAGGAUUGGGCCGGGGAGGGUGGAAACGACCAUGUCUGUCAACUAUGGGAGAAACUGAUGCAAGCCUACAUCAUCCCUUACUCUCCCCGGGAAGUCAAUCUCCCCUCUCCCGUGCGAGAUCGUCUCAUUGCCCAGACCUGCUCGACGACCCCUCCAUCGCCAUCCGAGCUCGAUGAGGCUGUGAGGAUUGUGUACGAGUUGAUGAAUGAUUCCGUUCUCCUUCCAUUCAUCGAAUCAGCAUUGCCGAAUCACAGCGAUGUGCGCAUGGACGAAGACCCGAUUGAUACUCGCCAGGGCCGCUCGCGCGCUCGUGGAGCAGAUGAAGUAGGAGCCAGCGGAGCUACCAGCCGAUCCGCUUCGGCAUCGGGUGAGCACACAGAGCGUGAAGGAUUGACAGACGACAGCGGAAGUGCUGUUUCCCCUGGUACCGAACCCAUGACGCCUCCCACCACGCCACCAACUUCAGAUUGGACGUUCAGCAGCACAUCACCCGGUGGUGGCUUUCAGCGAGCACUGACGGCUCAUAACAACGGCUGGAAAAAGGUUGGCGCGAAGCUGGGAUUGCACCGCAAGUCACGCUCAAACCGCCGAAAUAACCCUACGUCGUCCGCUCCUCUGGACGGAGAUAUCAACAUGGCUGAAACCAGCCAGAGCAACACCUUAUAG